UCAUAGCGCGCCAAAGAAUGGCGGUUCAGGUACAUGGAUCAAUCUUUUUUUCUGGACAGGCACUUUCUGUACAGUAUAAGGAUGGAUGCUUCCACUGUCCUGUCUGUCAUUUCCAGACAGAAUAUGAGUGCCAGGGAAAAGCACAUACAAUUGUGCAUUGUAAUAUAUUUUUGGACUAUAAAGGUUUCCGAAUAUACAAAUGCCACCAAAACUGCAGGGUGUCACCCCAUUUCCAUUGCCCAGGCUGUAAAGACACUAGGAUAAGGAGAAAAGAUUUCUUUAGUCAUUUAUCGUACUGCCCCGGCAGCGUCUCCACAUCGUGCCCCGGCAGCGUCUCCACAUUGAUCCCCGGGAACGUCUCCACAUCGUGCCCCGGCAGCGUCUCCACAUUGAUCCCCGGGAACGUCUCCACAUCGUGCCCCGGCAGCGUCUCCACAUUGAUCCCCGGGAACGUCUCCACAUCGUGCCCCGGCAGCGUCUCCACAUCGUGCCCCGGGAACGUCUCCACAUUGAUCCCCGGGAACGUCUCCACAUUGAUUCCCGGGAACGUCUCCACAUCGUGCCCCGGCAGCGUCUCCACAUUGAUCCCCGGGAACGUCUCCACAUCGUGCCCCGGCAGCGUCUCCACAUUGAUCCCCGGGAACGUCUCCACAUCGUGCCCCGGCAGCGUCUCCACAUUGAUCCCCGGGAACGUCUCCACAUCGUGCCCCGGCAGCGUCUCCACAUUGAUCCCCGGGAACGUCUCCACAUCGUGCCCCGGGAACGUCUCCACAUCGAAGCCCAGCAACGUCUCCACACCAAGCCCUGCCUUUGUGAAGGACCAGCCUGGUAGUAUUCGUUGUGAGAAUAUGACCCAGCGCCCUGUUAGAGUUAAUAAAUUAAGCCAAACAAUUGUGGAGUGUCCACACUGCAAUAUGUCUUUGUACUUUAAAAAUCUGAAGCGCCAUAUGCAAAGAAGGCAUUCUUCAAAGUUCACAGACAUCACAAAAGAAUACCACUUACAGAAUCAGCCUAUAGACCCACAAUCAGGCAUUUAUGCAGUGGCAAAGGCAUUUCGUGGACCUCCUGUUCCUAUUCAUGUCAAGCAUAGCAUUCAAGGGCCAAAACAGCACAUUGAGUGUGAGCUUGAGGAGUGUUGCCUCUACUCUGAAGUUGCUGGUAGAAAAUGCAGUGGACAAAGAGUCCUUAGUGACCCCAUUCUCAUAACAAAAAGUGCAAAACUUUUAACACUAACACAUGUCUUUGAAGGUAUAUCAACAUUCUUUAAAAAGUGCUUCUAUUGUGGAAUGAUAUACCGAUAUCAAGAGUGGGCUGACAGUGUACACAAUUAUGAUGACCACAUCAUUCUUAGCCUUCACUUCUGUCUGUACUUAAGGGCAUCUCUUCAGACUCACAACGCAGCAGGAAGAGUUUUUGAGGCCAUGGAACUGUCAUUAGAUGUGAAGCUACCUCCGUACAGCCGUAUAUUGCGAGGAUACAUGCAUUUUGAAGCUUUGACAGACCAUCAAUACACAUAUUCGUGUGUAAAAUGUGGCUCCAAUCCAGCCAUUGUUGUAAUGGAUCUGCAUAAGAAAGGAGUGUUUAGCAUGCCAGUAAGUGAAAUCCCUGAUCCAUCAGAUUACACUGGAAUGGUGGACAUGGAAGAAUUUUGGACUUCAGUCUCUUCAGAAAUCAUUUCUGAUGGACUUAUGGAAACCUUCAGUAAGCCAUUUGUUGUACAACCUGACUAUAAUAAAUGGUCACCCUGGAUUGGGCCACAAACCAGGAAAUCAAAUGUGGUCUACAACACAGAGUGGGAGAAGGUACACAAAAAACUAACAUCAUCUGAGAAGGUCAAUGUAGAAAUACCCGAAGAUAGACUUCUGGAACAAGUGAUGGCAAUGAAGGUGGAAGAGGUGAAAAAACUAUGCAAGUCUUGUGGCAUGGACUCAUCAGGGUCCAAAAUGGAUCUCAUUCUGCAACUUCACACAGAAAUAAAGAACCGUAGUGGCUAUGACAAAGUAUUUGCCAAAGUUUGGGGUGCCUCUGGUGGUUGGGCUACAAUCAUGUGUCCAUGUGGAAUUGUGUAUAGUUUAAAGUUCAACUUGAGAGCAGAAAGUCCAAGGGACUAUAUGGACUUGUUAAUGUCAUGGCAGCACAUUCCAAAUAUAGUAAUUUAUGAUUUUGCCCGAGGACUGGCAACUCAUGGAAAUAUAAGAUUUCCAACAGCACUGCCCUUUUCUCCUCAUGAGGGAAGAUUAUUCAGCCCUACUGCUGAAAACAUCCAACGUGCAAAAGAAGGGAGGCUCACAGUACGUCUUCCAUGGUUAAUAAAGGCCAAGGAAACUCCUGAUAUAAAUGGGCACCCCUUAACGGGAUCGUCCGAGCAUUAUGUGCUCUAUGAUAAAUUGCAUGAGGGAAAUACGAAGGAUGAGAAAGAUGUACUAAGGAGGAUUGAACUUGUUCCUGAACUUGCUGGCCGUAUCAACAGUCAAGUGGUUGAGCAGUUUUUCUCACAAAUGGAAAAAAACAACUACUUUUUAAACAUGAUGAAGCCAAGUACUCAGAUUUUCUUGAUCAGAAACAUAAUCCAUCACAGAAAUUCCAUCAUAAACACAGCAAGGAUGGAUAAGAUUAAGAAGAGUGAUGAGGCCUCGACAGAGAGAGUUGGUCUUUCUGGACUCUAUGUACCAUAA